UAUAUAUAUAUAUACUUCUUAUUGUAUACUCCUAUCAUUAUUAUCAUCCAUACCUUACUUAAAGCCAAACAAUCUUAGCUAGUGGAUGUACAUAUUUCAUGUCUUUUCCUUCUUUGGCUAUCAUCAAACCAUUUCCUCUAAACAUUACUUUUUAACUAUAGUAUUUAAUUUAAAAUUAGAGAUUUAAUUUCCUUAAUUAAAUUAAUCUCUAUUUCCAUGUCCAUGGCCACUUUAGUUGCAAGACAAGGGCGCCAUCGACAACUUUACAAGGAUAAUCGUCGCCUUGUUUCCGGAUGCAUUCCUUAUAGAUUCAAAGACGGACACGAUGAUAAAGAGACAAGCUUAGAACAUAUUGAAGUUGCAAUGAUAACUUCUCCGGGUCGUCAUGAUCUCGUUUUUCCGAAGGGAGGAUGGGAGAACGACGAGACUGUGCAUGAAGCUGCUUGCCGUGAAGCCUAUGAAGAAGCCGGACUUAGAGGAGAACUUCAUCCAACCGAAUUAGGUGUGUGGGAAUUUAGAAGCAAAAGUAGACAAGCCAUUAGCACCCUUGAAGGAGGAUGUAGAGGUUAUAUGUAUGCUCUUAGGGUUACCGAAGAACUUGAUACUUGGCCUGAACAAGCAACCCAUGAUCGGAAAUGGUUGAACAUAAGAGAAGCAUUUGAUCUAUGCCGAUAUGAUUGGAUGAGGGAUGCCCUGAAAUCGUUCCUACAACACAUGAAAAGCAUAAGACAACAAAAGAACAACCAAAAGGAUUGGACUUUAAGUGUUGAUACAAACAAGGAAGAUCCUACAAACCAUCAACAAUUAACGUUUCAUGAUCCAUCUUUUAGUAAAACUUUUGUAACUGGUUCCUUGAACAUGAGGGAGAUCACUAUAACCGUACAAAUCAAGGAGUUAGUUUAGAUUCAUUUUGUAGAAAACAAUAAAAGAAAUCAACUGCUUCUCA